UUUUAAGUUGUUUAAGCAAAGAACACGUAAAAAACUUUAAACACUGCGUCUGCCUAAUUCCUUAGUUGUUUAAGUCAAAAAGUUUAGUUAUGUGGUGGAAUUAAUUAAUAGAAUUUAAAUCCAUAGGAGUUGUUUCUUUUGUAAAUUACUUUAAUUGUUAUUCUACUGGGUUUGAAAUAUUAGAAAACAAAUAAUAUACAUUCUGUUUAUUUUCCUAUUUUGAGUGUGUUUUUCACUGACCAUGGCUAAUAAAAUCUACUUCGUUUUUGCGGUCAUAUGUAUUGUGCCAAUAAUAUACGCUUGUAAUGAAGCAAUAUGUGCAAGUGUUGUGUCCAAAUGCAUGCUCACCCAAUCCUGCAAAUGUGAUCUAAAGGACUGUUCAUGUUGCAAGGAUUGUUUUAACUGCCUUAGCUACUUAUAUAGUGAAUGUUGCAGUUGCGUUGAUAUGUGUCCGAAGCCUAAUGACACACAGACAGAGCUAUCAAAGUCAUCUCAUGUAGAAGAACUGACCGAUGGAGUGCCGGGACUAUUUGCAGCUUUGACAAGUGAGCCUGACCCUCAGCAAAGGUGGCUGUCUAUUACAUACCCAGUGGAUAUUGACCUCUCCGCAUAUAGACCUGGAAACCCUGAAAGACAAGUGGUGUAUCAUUUACAGAGUGUAGAACAAGAGCCAGAGCCGGUGAGCCGUGACGUGGUGACAUUCAACUGUACCGUAGCUUAUAUGUCGCAGUGCAUGUCUUGUGACAAAUGCCGCGCCUCCUGCCGUUCCAUGGGCUCCAAUAGUUUCAGAUGGUUCCACGACGGUUGUUGCGAGUGCAUCGGUGAGAAGUGCCUGUACUACGGAAUCAAUGAGAGCAGAUGUUUGUCCUGUCCUGGUGGUAAGGAGACUACUGUGAACACAUUAGACGAAGACCUGAGUUACGAUGACCUGGAUUACGGAGAAGAUGUAGAUGCACAAUCUGUUUAGUAAUAUUUAUUAAUUUUAAGUUAUAUUUUUAUGAUAUUUUCUUAGCCAUGAUUUUAAAAUUGUCUUAGUUUUAAGUAAUGUAUUUUAAAAUGGUAAUUAUUUUUACACUUGCUUAUAAAAAAGCAUACGAUAUACUCAUGUUAUUCUAUUAUUUUUAGAUUUUUAGUUAAUUUCUUCAAUGACAAUGUACUCGAAUUUAAUAAACACGUUAGCUGCCAUGUCGGACUAUAUUGACAAACUAAUGUUUCAAUCAGGCCUUGUGGGACUACGUGUCGGACAAGCCAUACAGCGAGUCAAUUUAUUUUCGUAUUUCGAAAAAUCAUUCUGGCAGCUAACGUGUUAAUAAUGAAAAAAAGUUUAUUAAUAAC